CCCCUCAGCAUAGCGUAGAGGAAGAGACGCCGUGGGCCGCUCUGGCAUCUUGGAGGACUUGUCCUCUGUGUCGCGCGGCGUGGGACUGUUCAGGUCUGUCGUGAGGCGCAAAUCCUGUGCAUCUUUCUAGCUGCUUUAGCUCCGGAUUUUUUUGGCGAUGCGACAGCAGAACGUGUGGAGGCUAAUGUCGAGGUUUAACUCAUUCAGAAGAACCAAUAUCAUUUUGCAACAUUUGAGAAUGUCCAAGCACACAGAAGCUGCAGAGGAUGUACUUCUGGAAAAAAAAGGUUGCGCAGGAGUGAUUACACUUAAUAGACCGAAGUUACUCAAUGCACUGAAUCUUAAUAUGGCUCAGAAGAUUUACUCACAGUUAAAGAAGUGGGAGCAAGAUCCCGAAACUUCCCUGAUUAUUAUAAAGGGAGCUGGAGGAAAGGCUUUCUGCGCUGGGGGUGACAUCAGAGCAAUAUCAGAUGCUGUAAAGGCAAAACAGAAACUUGCUGAAAUUUUCUUCAAAGAAGAAUAUAUACUGAACAAUGCCAUUGCUUCUCUCCAGAAACCAUACAUUGCACUUAUUGAUGGAAUUACAAUGGGUGGGGGAGUUGGUAUCUCAGUUCAUGGACAAUUCCGAGUGGCUACUGAGAAGUCUGUUUUUUCAAUGCCAGAAACAGCAAUAGGACUGUUCCCUGAUGUAGGUGGAGGUUAUUUCUUGCCAAGACUUCAAGGAAAACUGGGUUACUUUCUGGCAUUGACAGGAUUCAGACUAAAAGGAAGAGAUGUGUACAGAGUAGGAAUUGCUACACACUUUGUAGAUUCUGAAAAGGUGAGCAUGUUAGAGGAAGAUUUGGUAGCUUUGAAAUCUCCUUCAAAGGAAAAUGUCGCAGAUGUCUUAGAAACCUACCAUACACAGUCCAAGAUUGAUCAAGACAAGUCUUUUAUUCUUGAGGACCACCUGGACAAAAUAAACAGAUGUUUUUCAGCCAACACCAUGGAACAGAUUAUUGAAAAUUUACAGCAAGAUGGUUCACCUUUUGCCCUGGAGCAGCUGAAGGUAAUUAAUCAAAUGUCUCCAACAUCUCUAAAGAUCACUCUAAGACACCUCAUAAAGGGGUCUUCCCAGACCUUGAAGGAUGUAUUAACUGAGGAAUAUCGUAUGAGUCAAGCAUGUAUGAGAGGUCAUGACUUCCAUGAAGGCGUUAGAGCUGUUUUAGUUGAUAAAGACCAGAGUCCAAAAUGGAAACCAGCUAAUCUAAAAGAAGUUACUGAUGAAGAUUUGGACAAUUAUUUUAAAUCUCUGGGAAGCAAUGAUUUGAGAUUUUGAGGUGACGGUUACUUUUAAAAUUUAUUUUGUAGCAGAGGUUGACAACUAAACACAGAAGCCCAGUCUGGCCUGCUGCCUCAUUUUAUGUAGUCUACAAACUAGAAGUGGUAUCUUAAUUUUUGAAGGGUUGGGAAAGGAAAUAAAAAAUUAAUAUUUCAUGACUUCUGAAAAUUACAUGAAGUUCAUGAGUGUCUACAAAUAAAGUUUGAUUGGAAUAUCACUGUGUUCUUCUGCACGUAUCAUCCAUGGCUGCUUUGAUGUGAGUAGUUGCAGCAGAGAUUGUAUGGCUUGCAAAGCCUAAACUAUUCACUCUCUGAUCCGUUUUUCUGAGGAUGGGACAAUUCAAAGACCUCUUGAGAUUCUCAAGUUAUUAUAUCUAUUUGAAAUGGGAAAUUUGGCUUUCAGUAAGUAGUGAUUUAUGAUUUGGCUAAACAAACUUAGGUGUGGAUUAUAAAAAAUAAAGACCCUGAUAUUUUUUUUUGAGGAUUCUGUGGUAAUGCAUCAUAGGGUUACUAUAGCAUAAGAGUUCCUUUUGUAUAUAUUAGAAAUCUUGGUCAAAAAGAAAAAGUUCUCAUGAGGUURUCUCUCCAGUAUGUUAACUCAGCUUUGAUCUUCCCUAAAAUAAUUAGAAUAUCUUCCCAUGGGUGAAAAUGAAGGCAUUAUUUUUUACUUACGAUAUUUUCUAAUUUGGCAGAAUAAGGACCCCCAGUCUCUAAGACAGAGAUGCUCUACUUUUUAUUAUUUAAACUUUUGUGUGAUAAUAGUUAAAAGUAGUUUAAAAUAUAAGUAUCUUCAAUAAUUGGUACUAUUGACAAAAUAAGUGUUUUUUAAGGUAUGUAAGGCUUUAAAGUUCUAGUUAAGAAUAAUUUUUAAAUUAAAGGUCAGUUUAUCAUUUAUUUGGUAACUUGUUCUAGUUUUUCCUUAAUUCCACAUCCAUCAGAAACUAAAAAAAUUUCAGGUGUGUAAGAACAAAAACAUAGAAAGACAUCAAAGAUUAUGGAUUAUAGCCUUCUUAUAGAUGAGAUUGAAGCCCAGAAGGUAUUGCUCAAUUCUUAAUCUAUUUGACAUGGUU